GGGAAGUUAUCGACACGUGGCAGGACCGUGUUUCCCGCCCAUAAGUUAUCUACCCAAGGCUGUGCUGGGUAGUCAGUGCGAGCUGUCCUUUCCCACCAGGAUGAGCCUGCCGGCAAACCAAGCUAAGGAGGCCAGCCAGGAGUCUCUGCCCGCAAACCAACUCAAGGAGCACAGCCCGGAGCCCCGGAUCGUGUGCUCCGACCCGGACAUUGUCGUGGAGCUGAAUGUAGGAGGGCAGUUCUACACCACCACCAUGGGCACCCUGAUGAAACACCCAGGCUCCAAGUUCCCAGAGAUACUAUCCAGAUCAGCGAGACACUACAAAGACGCACAGGGCCGCUUCUUCAUCGAUCGUCCCGGCACCUACUUUGGGCCUCUCUUGGACUACCUACGCACCGGGCAGGUGCCCAAAGAGCACAUUCCUGAGGUCUACCGUGAGGCUAAGUUCUACCAAAUCCAUCUUCUGGUCAAGAUGCUGGAGGAUAUGCCACAGAUCUUUGGGGAGCAAGUGGCCCGGAUGCAGUUCUUGCUGGGAGUGCCAAACUACAGAGAGAACCUGGAGGUCCUGCUGCACCUGGCUCGGGCAGAGGCCGUGGCGAUGCGCUCGUCCAAGGUGGUGGUGUGUGUGGUGCACACGGAGGAGGAGGAUGCCAAGUGUGCGGAGCCGUUGCAUAUCUUGGAGGCCAAAAAGACACCCGUUGUCAAAUUUGGGCCCUGGAAGGCAGGCCCUGGGACGGAGGACUUUGUGCACUGCCUGGAGAAGGACAUUAGAGCCCAGGGGUAUAAGGUGUCCCCUCAGAGGUACCAUCUGAGUAGGGAUCCCUACACAUGCUUCUGGAUAUUCGUCUUCACUUGGUGGUGAUCCCUAGGAGGGGGCGCUGUUGGUUAGGGGCCGUGGUGGGACUUGUGAAAUCAAUUGCCAUCAAAAAAUCUAUGUUCUAAACUUGAGCCUGUAGUUCCAGGCCUUGGGAGGCUGAGAUAAGAAGAUUCCUAUGAGUUCGAGGCCAGCCUUGGAUAUAGACUGAAACCCCAUCGAAAUGGCUCAGGAGAGGCCAGGCUACCCUGACUCCACACCUGCUCCCCUCUGGAUCCACAUCUGCUUGCCAGAAUAAAGUAGGGUUCUCCCAUCUUCUGAGAAAUGAAGCUUGUCAAAUGUUUAACAGACAAGUGUAGAUGGAAAUUUCUCUGGUCCCACCCUGCCCCGAGGUCCCACAACCACUUACAAAAUAAUCACUCGAGGCUUAUAUUAAU